AGCGCAGACGCUCAAAUCUGGGCGGCCGGCGCAGCGGUGACAGACAGGAGAGAGAGCUCGCCCGCGGCUUCAGAGCUGUCAACUGGGAAGAUGAACCCCCGGGCUCCUGGAUGGAACAAAAGGUCAGUGGUUGAGUCGAUCAUGCAGAUAAAUUGGAGCAGUAAGAACCUGGCAUAGAUGUGCUGAAGUAGUGUGUUCAUUGUGGCCAUGACAAUACUUGUAUGCUUAGGUAGCAAAAGAUUUCUUGUUACAUCAAAUAAUCUACUGGGACUUGAAGACAAAUGAUUCCAUGGAUUAUAACAACUACAGAAUUAGAUGCACUCGCUGUAGGUAAAAUGAUGCUUGCGAACCAGUGAAUUACAUGGAUCUAGUUAGUACUCCCUCUGUAAAGAAAUAUAAGAGUGUUUAGGUCAUUAAAGUAGUGAUCUAAAAGCUCUUAUAUUUCUAUACGGAUGGAGUAUGAAUUAUGCUUGCUGAACCUUUGUAAGCUAAAUAAUGGACUGGAACUUUUUAAAGAAAUGAUUCCCUGUAUUAGAACCACUACAGAAUUAGAUGCACUUGCUCCGAGUAAAAUGAUGCUUCCAAACCAGUGAAUUACGUGGACAUAGUUAGUAUGAAUGAUGCUUGCUGAACCUUUGUAAGAUAAAUAAUGCACUUGAAGUUUUUGAAGAAAUGAUUCUCUGGAUUACAACCACUACAGAAUUAGAUGAACUUGCUCCGAGUAAAAUGAUGCCUGCAAACCAGUGAAUUACAUGGAUCUAGUUAGUAUGAAUGAUGCUGGCUGAAACUGCAGAAAUUAGAUGCUUUACUUCCUCUAUGAGUAAAAUGAUGCUGGCAAGCAAGUGAAUUACAUGCAUCUAGAUAGUGUGAAUGAUGUUUGCGGAACCUUUGUAAGCUAAAAUCAUAGUUGCCUGUUUUCGCAAAGGCUACGUAUUGGAGCUGCAGUACCUAGCAGAGCACCUUGCCCAAGCCACGUUAGUGCAUUUGGGAAGGUUGUCAGGAGUUUGGCUGAGAACCCAGAUGUGAGUGUGAUUACCCCAAUUAUUGGCACUACAUUUGACUCAUUGGGUAAGGCGUACAACUUCUACAAUUUGUACUUGUGGGAGAAAGGCAGCCGACUGAAUGUCAAGAGGACAAAAUGCAUGCAAUAAAAAGUGUGUGGGUGCUCGGGGAAAGCUGGUGUCGAGAACACAAGGUCUUGCCGAUGCGGAUGCCGAUGUGAAAAUUGCUACUAAGAGCAGAAGACAAUGGUUGGUAUAUUGCGGAGCAUAGAGACACGCACAACCAUUCGCUUUCACCUAAUUUUGGUGAAACAAUCCACUGGCCUUCACGCAAACACAUAUAUGUUUACACCAGGGAUCUUGUGAAGCAGUUAAGGCAGAACAAUGUCAACCUUGCAGAGGUGUACAGCAUCAUAGGAGGUUUCUUUGGGUCGAUGGAAAAUGUUCCGUUCACGAAGAGUUCUCUGCAUAAUUUGUGUGGCAAGACAAAUAGGGACCAGGCAGAUGAGGAGGAUGUAAAGAAGACGAUGGAUGUGUUUGCGGAGAUUGGAGCUAAAGAUCCGCACUUCACAUACAGGGUUCAAGCUGACAGUGAGGAUAGGGUCAAGAAUCUGAUGUGGGCAACUGGUAGCAGCAGGCUGCAGUACAACUUCUUUGGUGAUGUCAUAACAUUCCACACGACUUACAGGAUGAACUUGUAUGACAUGCCUUUCGGCCUUUUUGUUGGCGUGAACAGUCACUUUCAAAGUGUGAUUUUGGCUGGUGUUCUUGCUCGCGAUGAGACCCAAGAGAGUUUGGAGUGGGUUUUUCCAGAGUUCCUAAGAAUGAUGGCUGGUUCUCCACCCAUGACCAUACUUAAAGACCAAAACCGUGCCAUGGAGCUUGCUAUCAGUAAGAUUAUGCCCGGGACAACACACAGAUAGUGCAAAUGGCACAUUUUGAAGAAGGCAAAGGAGGCGUUGGCUCCUCUGUAUACAAAGAAAAGUGACUUGUGGUGGCUAGCAUACGUGUUUACCAAAAUAAAGAGACGCCUGAACUAAUCGGGAGAGAUAAUCUUAGUACAAAACAUCAUAGAUAAAUCAUGAUUGCCCACAUAAUGGGCUGACAAAAAAGAUUAACAUAGAUCACAUCGUUGGAUUAGUAUACACAAAAGAGUAUACUAGUACGUUGGCACACUGAUUGCCACAGUUACAGACCAUUCCUGAUUACAAGCUGCGAUUACGAAAAUUAACUAGUACACCACACUGGGGGGCUAUCCCCUAUUACAAACCAUACCGCCCACGGAACUAGUUGCUGCGCUGCACGAAAA